UAUGGUGAGAUGCAAAAUGUGAAGUUUCAAUUCCGAAAAGAUAUGGUAAUGAAUAAUAUUGGCAUAUCCCAUUUCUGUGAAUCAAAUUCACUCACUCAUUCCCUUUGGGGGAAUUCUCACCAAUUGCAAUGAAGAAUUUCUAAUCAACCUUCUUCAACCUUUCACACCAUUCAAUAUAUUUGAAAACUUUCCAUGGCAUCUAUGAACCAAGAUAACAAUGUUGACGAAGAUCCUCAUGUCAACGAGAAAGACCCAUUGAUUCAUACUUAUAACAAAACCACCGAUGGCAGCGGUGAUUACAUUGAUUUGGUGACGCCCCACCGUGAUUCUAUACCGGAAACCACCGUUCUGUCUCCUCCACCGCCACCACCUUUGCUGUAUUGGGUUAAAUUAGGGGUGCUUCUCCUCGCCCUUAGCGUUCUAGGUCUGGUUGUUUUCAAUUGGGUUGGACCAUUCUUCAUUCAAAAGGUGUUUAUUCCCUUAAUAAAAUGGCAGGAAGAGACAUUCACUACCACACAGUUAUCUAUUAUAGUGUUUGCUUCAAUAUCAAUAUUUCCUACCAUACUUUUACCAUCUUCACCUUCUAUGUGGUUUGCUGGAAUGAUAUUUGGUUAUCUUUAUGGUUUCUUGAUAGUAAUGUCUGCAGCAGUUAUUGGAGUAUCACUCCCUUUUUUCAUUGGCUCAAUGUUCCAUCAUAAAAUUGAAGGGUGGUUAGACCAAUAUCCAAAGAAAGCUACUGUUUUAAGAUCUGCUGGUGGAGGAAAUUGGAUUCAUCAGUUUAGAGCAGUUGCGCUAAUAAGGAUUUCUCCAUUUCCUUACAUACUUUAUAACUAUUGCUCUGUGGCAACAAAAGUUCAAUAUGGUCCUUACUUGUGUGGAUCUUUGGCUGGAAUGACGCCGGAAGUAAUUGCUUCGAUUUACACGGGAAUUUUGAUACGAGCAUUGGCUGAUGUAUCACACAAAACAAAGUUUCUAUCUGCUCCACAGAUUGCCUUCAAUGUUGCUGGCGUCUGCAUAGCUAUCGGUACAACAGUAUUUUUCACACUCUAUGCCAAGAGACAGCUCGACAUGUUGCGAAAAGAAGAUGAACUGCUAUUGAAAAAACAUCAUUAUGGCUCAUUAUAUAUUAACUGAUGCAUGCUACAAAAUUGGAUGAGAUCUUACCACUUAAGGAGCCUCACGCCGUUGUCUAUGAGAGGCCCAUGAGGGUUACUGAGGAACAAUCUGAAAAAAGUUUUACUUCUCCUGUUGUUUCAAUAAAUAAAAAGGAAGUGUAGAGUUUUCUUUCAGUCAAAAGAAAGUGUGGAGUUAAAAUUGUUCUUCGACAUAAUCCAUAUAGUACAAGGUAUGUAAUUUAGCUUGUAAUUGUUUUGGCGCCCGCACAUUCUCCUGUCCUCCAUCUCAGAUUCUGUGUCUCAUAGCUCAGCAGAGUAUUUUUGUGUUGGUUUUUAAUUUUUCUUUCUUUGUAUUCACCAUUUGUCCAAAUGUUAAAAACUUGUACUAAUGCUUACUGAACAUAUAUUACAAUGGCUUAAAUCCAAUGUCUUGUACAAUUGACUCUA